AUGGCUCGACUUCGAGCAUUUGUGACAGCCCUCGUUCUCUUUCUUUUUUUUCCUCACAAUGUCCGAGGGGAUAAUAAUUCUUUAACCGAGCUCACGAAGCUGCCUUCUUGUGGUCUCGAUUGCUUCAUGGCUACUACUCCGAAUACAACGUGCGGUCCGGCAGACCUAAAUUGCAUUUGCACUGAUUCGACUUUCCAAACCUUGGCAUCUCAGUGUAUUCAGAGCAAGUGUACAAUACGCGAGACUUUUGAGAUCAAGAAGAUCGAAGACGAAGCCUGCGAUCGACCUACUCGAAGCCGGAAAGGUUUCCUACUGAUACCCCUAGCAGCCGAGAUACCUGCUUGGGCAUGUCCUUGGGUCCAUCUUUACUCGAGGUUAACCACCAGCAACCGAUUAGAAGUUGGUGACUGGAUAAUAAUUGUUGUUGGGAUACUGUACAGCGCAUUCAUGGUGCUAGGACAAUACGUUGGUCAAAGGUCUUUUGGUGUUGACAUAUGGACUUUAAAUCCAGAUGCCUUAACCAUGUCAUUCAAGCUGUUCUAUGUGAACGAGUCCUUCUACGUAGUAACUUUGUGCUUAUGCAAAGUUUCUAUACUCUUCUUUUACCUGCGGACUUUUCCUAGUCGAAAAUUUCGCUUAGCCGUAAACGGCGCCUUACUAUUAACAAUCCUUCCUACCUUCGUAAUUAUGUUUCUACAAAUAUUCCAGUGUAUUCCGAUUGCAUACAUCUGGGAGGGCUGGCAGAAGCCAGAUUACGUUGGCUACUGUUUGAACCUCAAUCAUCUGACCUUCAUCUCAACUGGGUUCAGCAUCGUCCAAGAUUUAGUCAUUCUUAUCCUCCCUCUUCCUUCUUUAUUCCAACUCAACAUUAAUAUUCGGGACAAGAUUGGGUUGGUCUUCAUGUUCAGCUUCGGCCUCUUCGCCACGGCCAUCUCGUGUCUCCGAACUCUCUACAUCAUAAAGUUCGACCGCUCCAACGCCAACCCCACAUGGGAAUAUGUCGAUCUCAUAGUUUGGACCGGCCUCGAGGUAGCCGUUGCCCUCAUUGUGGCGUGCCUACCAGCCAUUUGGGUUCUCCUGAAGCGGUCCGUCCCGUGGCUUGCUGGCUCGGAUCGCAGUGGAUACAUAAAGACACCGAGCAGGACAGAUGUCGAUUCCGUAGGCACGAGGAGGCCAAUAACCAAGGGCGACAUACGACAUUUGGUCAUGCCCCACGAUAGCCAUGAUAGAAAAGAAGACGGGGCGAUGGCUGAGUUAGCACCACCGCCAUCGGCAGCACAUGCAAAUUACUCGCCGAGGCAUAGUCCGCUAAGAAGAUAUGGAAGCUCCCCGACUUUGGGCUCCGGUAUUUUGGCUAUGAAUCGGCCAAAAAGCAUUGGUACGAACACGAUUGGGUCGGGUUUGUCUAGCUACCACGAAAACAAUCACUUUUGA